UUAAAACUUUGCUUGUGCCAGAUGGAAGUUUAUAUAGUACAGUUACUUAUGGUUAUCAGACGCAAUGCGCUGUGGGUGUAUGCUGUGAUUAAAGGGUGCACGAUUUAGUUAUACUGUGUGAAUGAGCUCUGCAUACACUCUUCUACACCUUGUUUAAGCUAUUGGUGAAACAUUUUUUUAGUAAAGUAAGUAGGGGCAAGAUGAGAUAACAUUUGGGGUAAGAUGAGACACAAACGUAAUAUACAAAUAUUCUGAUCGUGGUUUAAACAAAUAACAACGGUCUAUGGGAGUCGUUAAUAAUUCUUGGAAGUCGGUAAUAUAAUUCCUUGAAUGCUCCUUCAUUACUACCAAAUGGGACGAGAAAAUGGUAUAAAAACAUGUCCCUUCUUCUCCCAACCUACUAUAUCAUUUAUUAAGUUCUUGUAUUUCCUAUGGAUGCUUCGGUGUAUAAGGUAAUCAACCCAAUGAGCAAUGGAUUUAAGUUUAAGCAUGUUAAGUUUAAACGAACACAGAAGUUCAAAAGAAGAUUUCAAAUGUGAUACCAGUACCAAUCAUAACGAUGAACAAAUUCCGGAACAGAAAAAUGGCGGCUGGGGAUGGGCGGUUGUUAUAGCUGGUAUGGGAUUUACUUCAAUAAAAUCUAGCUUUGAAAGGAGUUUCCCUUUGUUUUACGAAAGCAUUAUGGACGAGUACAAUGUCAAUUACUCUCAAGUUUCCCAGAUCCUUGCACUGUAUUUCAUCUCUUAUGGUGUGCUUAGCAUAUGUGGGCAUAUGUUAGCGAACAGAAUCGGAUGCAGAAACUGCGUUAUGUUGCUCGGUACAGUGGCCUCCGCAUCUUGCUUUGUAGCUUCACUGCCUGGACCGUUUUGGAAACUUGUGCUUUGUUAUGGUGCAGUACCAGGUGCAUGCCUUGGCAUUCAGAUGGUGUGUAGCCACGCAGCAGUGAACAUGUAUUUCCCUACUAAGAAAUCGUUGGCUUUUCAAAUCCUAUUACUCGGGUUCGGAUUUGGACCGUUGAUACUCGGUCCCGCUUUCGCCGCACUUAUCAUCGAAUAUACAUGGAAUGGAGCAUUAAUGAUAAUCGCAGGUGUCUUGUUUCAAGUUACAGCAGCUGGCGCCGUCAUGCGGCCGUUACUUCGUGUAAAUGAAGCUGGUGCCCUUCAGCCCAAAAUCAGGAUCGACGACAAUAAAAAUGAGUUGAAACAGAUUAAAAUUGUAACAAAUUCUUCAUCUGGAUGGCUUACCUAUGCGAAGGCCAAUUUUGGCCUGGAACUAUUUUGCCACCUAACUUUCUACGUUAAUAUCUUGCAAUAUCUGUUCCAUGUCCUGGCUCUAUAUUGCUCUUUAUCAUUUUUGGUUCCGCUAGCCACAAUUCGAAUUGGGCCUGUAAAGGCAUCAUUUCUUAUAUCGGCUGAAGCUAUCGGCGAAAUUGCUUCCAAAAUAACUUGUGGGAUUCUUUUUAGCAAAAUUCACCAUUCAAAGUUCAAAUUAAUAGCGUGUUUUCAGUAUCUCGUUCUUGCCGUAUUGUUCGUUGUAUUGCCAUGGAUUACGAGUUAUCCUUUGCUCGUGGCCACAUGCGCCGCAACCGGCUUAUUUGCCGGCAGUUUAGACGGAAUAUUUUAUCAAAUUUCGGCCCAAAUGUUUGGCGACGACCUAUAUCCAUCACUAGUCGGAUAUAGUGCAACGUUUUGUUAUGGCUGUGCAACUGGAGCUACAAUUUUAAUAGGUCACAUAGUGGACAUUACUGAAGACGUAUCCAGUGCGUUUUACUUCGGCGGUUUCUCGUAUUUCCUAGCAGCAGUUGUAAUGUUUCUAUUACACAAACUUACAACUGAUGAAAACAAUCAUAGAUGA